GUAAUAUUUAUUAUAUUUUAAUAUAUGAUGUUAACAAAUCUUAUAUAACAAUCUUAUAUAUAUAUUUUUUAAUUUAAAUAUAAUAAAAAUACUUUGUGUUUUUCACUACAUAAAAUAAGAAAUUUAUCUUUCUUUUUUCAUUACAUUGACCAAUUAUCAUAAAAAUUUUGAGAUAAAAAGAAGUACGUAUUAACAGAUACAGAGAAUUAAUCAUGCGUAGUUGGUAAUAGUGUCAAAUUCAACAAAACUUUGUGUGUGACUGUAGUAAACAAACGAAACUUAAAUGUGGAACGUUACAUUCAUGGAUUAAAAGAAAACAGUAUAAAUUUUUAGUAAUUAUUGGGGUAGAUCGAAUUUAUGUAUGUAUAUAUGUAUGUAUAUUCACUGAUUUUUUUUUUAAAGCAAGAAAUAACAAUGUUCAUAACUAAAAUAUGAAAAAUAUUAAUUUCACAUGAGUUAAUCUUAUUCAAUAAGUAUAAAACUUAUACAAAAACCUUAUUUAAUAACUGUAAAAUAUAUAAAAAUGAAACUGUGAUAUAGUGGUUAUGAAAUAUUGAUAGCACACAAAAUACGUUUUUUAUUACAUUAAUAAUAUUGACUGUGCCAAAGUGAUAUUAUUUAUAAAGUCAAAAUGGAUCAAAUGCUACCAAGUCCUGGCUUCAGUAUACCUAGCAUUGGUACUCCUUUACAUCAGCCAGAAGAGGAUCAACAAAUAUUACCAAAUGCAUUGCAGCAGCAACAGCAACAACAACAGCAGCAACCACAACAAUAUCAAUUACAACAAUUACAUUCUAUGAGUCCAAAUGUACAGAGCAGUAUGCUUAUGAUUACAACACCACAAAAAACGAUGCAUACUUAUGCGCCAACUCCGUCUUUUGCUACACCUCAGAGUCUUAUGCAGCCACAAACACCACAAAAUAUGAUGUCUCCCUUAGGACAACCAAAUAAUCCUAUUGCACCAUCAUCUAUAGGACCAUCUACACCUGGACCUAUGACACCUAUGACUCCUGCAUCAGCAGAUCCUGGUAUUUUACCACAAUUACAGAAUAUUGUGUCCACUGUAAAUCUAAGUUGUAAAUUAGAUUUAAAAAAAAUUGCAUUACAUGCUAGAAAUGCAGAAUACAAUCCAAAAAGAUUUGCAGCAGUUAUUAUGCGUAUACGAGAACCUAGGACAACAGCUCUUAUAUUUAGUAGUGGGAAAAUGGUCUGUACAGGUGCAAAAAGUGAAGAAGAUUCUCGUUUAGCAGCAAGAAAAUAUGCAAGAAUUAUUCAAAAAUUAGGUUUUCCAGCAAAGUUCCUGGAUUUUAAGAUACAAAAUAUGGUAGGCAGUUGCGAUGUCAAAUUUCCUAUUAGGCUAGAAGGUUUAGUACUUACACAUGGACAAUUCUCUUCUUAUGAACCUGAAUUAUUUCCUGGUUUAAUAUAUAGAAUGGUUAAACCACGAAUAGUAUUACUUAUAUUUGUAUCUGGUAAAGUUGUGCUUACAGGUGCCAAGGUUCGACAAGAAAUUUAUGAAGCCUUUGACAAUAUUUAUCCUAUUCUAAAAAGUUUUACAAAGAAGUGACAACAUUUAUUCAUAUUCAUUAUUAUCCAGUAAACAACUUAAAUAAUUUUUUUUUACUGAAAAUCAUUAUUUUUUGUUGCAGUAUUGCUAAUGAAUUUAAUACAAAGCAUUUUUCAAUAGGAACUAUUGAUUAAACAUGACAAUUUUGAUUAAUAUUAAUUCUUAAUCAAAUUUACAUUUGAGUUCAAGAUUAUAAUAGUUUUCUUACAAAAAACAAAUUUCCUUACAAAAUUUUUCUUAAAUUAUAUCCCAUAUAUAGUCAUUGUAAAAAGUUUUAUUUUAAAUAUUAAGUCAUGUAAAAAAAAUGAUACAUUUAGAAAUAUAAUUAUAUUAAUAAUUUUUGCAAAAAUUGUUAAAGUAGUAAUGAAAAUAAUUUAAGCAGUUAAGAAAUACAUGUUAUAAAUAUUUAUAUGUUUUAUAAAUAUUUAUAUGACAAUAUGUUAUAAAUAUUUUUAUAAUUCAAAGAUUUUCUACCAUUUAUUUUUUUUUUUUUGUAUUAAUUAAUUAAAAGUUGUUUGACAAUCUGUGAAAGCAUCUAAGAACAAUAAGUCGUGAGAAAUAUUAUCUUUACAUUUUAUGUUUUUACUUUAUUUCCGUAUCAUACAUAUAUAUGCUUCAAAUUUUUCAAUAAUAAUGAUGCAAUGAUAUUACCUCGAUAUAUAAAUAACUUUUAAAACAGUGAAUUUUUUGAUGACGCUGUGCCUUGUUUAAGAAGAAACCUUAAAUUGAUAAUUCUAAACUUAAUACGAUAUAUUACAAUGAUACUAAAAUAUUGUAUAAAUCUAUAAUGCAAAUAUCUUUGAUGAUUAGAUUAAAUUAUAUUACCUCAUAGUUAGACUAGAUUAGUAAGUAAUGCAAUUGAAAGCCAAGGGACAACAAAAUUGUUACAUACAUAAACUAAAAUAUCUAUUGUAUACAAAUGUUUAUAUUUAAUUAUAAUAAAAGAAGUUUACAUUUCUGGAA